AAGAGAUAUAUAUAUAUAUAUAAACACAUUACUGUUUAACGUUCAUUAAAACUUAGCAAAGAGCGUUGUGAAUUUAACAAACCAAAAACUAAACAAUUAAACGGUUUACGAUCCUCUAACUUAGAACAAAUUGUACACAAUUAGUAGUUUUAAAACGUAAGAUUUAAUCCAAAGAAAAUUUUUAAACGAGCUUCAAACACACACGAAAAAUAACAAGAACACGCCCACACACAACCGAGCAGAAACUUAUCCUUAACCUUAACCACGGCGGCAGGAUUGUAAGGGUAACAAUCAAAUGCUUGGCUCAGCGCCAGAAAUACGGAGGCCCAAAAAGUAGGCACUAGAAAAUUUAUACAAAUUUGGCGCCAGCGGUGGAAAAAGGACGAAAAAAAAGACAGGAAAGUAGCGCCAAGGACUACGUCGACCUUCGCGUGUGCAAGCGUCGUUGCACAUAAAGGACGCCACUAACACUCUCGCCCAGACAAACGCAUACACACGCAACCACACCACAUAACCUAUACACCAAAAACAGCUCACCUAGACACAUAGAAAUACACACACAAACACACAGGACAAUUGCAUGGGCGGCCGCCAUGACCGGAAGUGAAGUACGGUCACGUCCACGUCCACUGGCCUUUGCAUAACAAUCAGCCCGCCAAGGAGCCGCCAAGCAGGUGGUGGCGAAAGCAGGGGAAAGCAAGUGAAAGCAGGUGAAACGAGGGAGCAGCAGGAGCCAGAGCCAAAGGAGUAAAAACAACGAGCACAGGAGCGCCACUUUCUACCGCCAGCGGACCGUAAAAAUGCAGGAAAUGAGCUACCUGCAGGAUAAUUCCAAGGUGGAGGCCCUCACCAAGGCGGUGCUCAUAUCCAUACUGGGCGUGGCCAUCGUCCUGUCCAACCUCCUCAUCAUUGCCACCUAUGCCAACUUCAAGGGGCCCACAGAGGUGAUCAACUACUACCUGUUGUCUCUGGCCAUUGCCGAUCUGCUCUGCGGACUGCUGGUGGUGCCCUUCUCCGUGUAUCCCGCCUUGACCGGAGAAUGGAUGUACGGCGACAUCGUGUGCCGCUUUACGGGCUACCUGGAGGUCACUUUGUGGGCGGUGUCCGUCUACACGUUCAUGUGGAUAUCCGUGGAUCGGUAUCUGGCGGUGCGCAAGCCACUGCGAUACGAAACGGUCCAGACGAAGACGAGGUGCCAGUGCUGGAUGGUGUUCACGUGGAUAUCGGCGGCCCUGCUCUGCUGCCCCCCAACUGGCUACUCGAUGCCCAUCGAGAACAACAUGACGCACAUCUGCAUGCUGGACUGGGGGAAUAUGGCGGCAUAUAGCGCCACUCUGGCGAUUUUAGUCUUAGGUCCCAGCCUCAUUUCAAUCGUACACAACUACGGCUAUAUCUUUGUAAUGAUGCGUAAGAUUAGGUCCGGCGAGCCGAUACACGAUAAAGAAUAUGCAACUGCUCUGGCUGAAAAUUUAUCGAACCCUAGUCAUAUGAUGUCAUUCGCAUUAGUCUUUGCAUUCUGGGUGUCCUGGCUGCCAUGGAUUCUGUUGCGUCUGUAUGAGGUGGUCACGGGCGAUGUUAUCCAAAGUACUCUUAUCAACUUCGCCGUCGUCUGGAUCGGCAUAUUGAAUUCGUUUUGGAAAAUUCUAAUCAUGACCAGUAUGUCGCCGCAAUUCCGUAUCGCUUUGAGAGUAUUUUGCUUAACCAUUUGUUGUAAGACUAAGGGCCGUUUGCAAGCAGAGCUAAUCGGGUUGGACCCAGAUGACUAGAGUUAGAUUUAGAUUUUCAUUCUCCUCAAAAAUACAAAAGAAUAAAAACCGAAAAAACCCCCAACCCUCCACCCCCUCACCCCCUCCGCAACCCCUAUAUCCCUUUGAGAAGAACUUCGAAGUCCCGCAAGUAAUAAAUUGGUUGUAAUUGCAUUGAGCCAUUUCCUUAACUCUCUCUCUCUAUCUAUAUUAACACUUACUUGCCUGUUGCCAUAUAGUUGCAUAUUUAAGGGCCGUUUGGCGCUACGCGACAUGCCAAUGAAAGCACCACCCACAAGCCACAGAAAAACUGAGAAACUCUAAAACGCAACCACUCAACCACUCAACCACUCAGCCACUCAGCCACCCAACCAUACAGCAACCACACAGAGACACCAAAAACACAGACACGUUGAAAGACAUAUUCAUAUUUCUAGACCUAAGCUAAGCUAAGAGUUUUUAGCGUAUCCAAUUAUGAUUGAUUAAUUGAUUGAUUGAUUGAAUUGAAUUGAUUGACGAUUAUUAUUGUGUAUUUAUGAGCUUACCACGUAUAUACUUGUACUUGUACUUAACUCUAGCCAUAUACAUAUUGUAGCAGCGAUUCUAAUUCUAAUUCGUAGACAAGAGACAAUUCACUAGGCAAGCAGAACAUUUCCGUUUCCGGUUUACAAUUCAAACUUGCUAUCACACUAAAAACAAUAUGAAAAUCAUAUGCUACUCAAGAAGCAAGAUAUUGCAUAUAUAUAUAAACCUUUUUCAAAGUCCAUAUUAAGUAGCAUUUAGAAUUUACAAAAAAAAAAAUCGUGUAGAGUUUAUUAAACAAUUUGCCAAACUUGACGACGGGC